GACAUAAUCUAGAAAGCUGUUGUGCCUCCAGAUAGGUACAAUCAAUUCCAUCACCUCCUCUAGGGAGACGACGCUUGGCUCAGCCCAAAAUGCAGUUGCGACCUCAAAGUGACUGAAAGGCAGGAACAUUGAGGUAAUUAAGCUUCGGUGCUUGCCGUACGCGACCUUGGAAGGCAUACACACACCAACUCGGCGCAAAACCACAAUCCAUCAUCACUUUACAACACUACGCAUUCAUCAUUAUAGUUCUUGCAGCCAUGGAUUCGCCGAUGCUAUCAUCGCCCGCACUAGGGCUUCGACCUAAGCGUAGUCUUAGGAUGGAGCACGCGAUUGUUGACGCCAACAAACUAAUCCAUCAAUCCAAGUACAAGGAAGCAUAUGACUUAUACAGCAGAGUUCUUGAUGCUAAGAGCCACCCGGUUGCAUAUCUCAAUCGUGCCGUGUGCUUGCUUGGUACAGGUCAACCGCAUCUUGCUGUCAACGAUGCUCAGAGAGCGUACAUCAUGGCUCAAUCGAUCAUUGACGCCUGUCGUGGCGACGGUGAGAUCAACGAUCACGUUCGCAGAUUCGACCACUACAUCCUCGAGUAUACUGAAGAAUGUGGCAAUGCCUUGUCACGAGGCGAUACAUGGUGCAGAUCGUCUUCCGCAGCGUUCCAAAGCGGACACCGAACCUUCAAAUUGACAAGAAUGACGCUUUUGACGGAGGAGGUCGAGGAAGUCGCAGGAAAGAAGAAAACAAUGCCUCCCGUUGUCGACCUCAAGUGCAAAGCCUUGUUUCGACUUGUAGAGGCUCUCUCCAGGUGUGGACGUGGUCCGGCGUACACUGCUCUACAAAUCCUGGAUGAUGUUCUCGAUGCAAACUCAUCCGACACAACAAAGUACGCCCUUCUACCUUUCGUGUACAAUGAGCUCAAAGCACUCUACAAGACCGUCGAAAACAAAUUGCUCAACGAUCUCAUGGAGGGCAAACUUUCGACAGCAGACAGGCAGCUGACGCUGUCAAGAUUCGGUCUCUUGGACAGUUCUCAGUAUGGAUUCUCUAAGCGUAAGAGUGACCGCGAUCUUCUCAACAACUGCAUAUUGACAGUCGAUACGAAUUCAAUUGCACAGUAUGACGACAAGAUUGGCGUUCCAAUAGCGCUUGUGGCCGUUCAGGACGUCUUCGAAGGUAUGGCACUUUUCACUGAGAGUUUACCUUUCGCUGUUUCCACAGCAAAGACAACGGACAAAUCAGAGCUCGCCACUGUGUGCGACACAUGCUGUGCAGACUUGCAGAUGUCCUCACCCUUUGUUCUUCGCGUCUUGAUAGAAGAAUUGAAGCAAGCAGAGGCCAAACGUACCGCAAGAAGGAACGCAAGAACGGCUAGAAGAGAAGCUGGUGCUACGUCAUCUCCAGCUCAUCGCCGCACAACCGCAGUUGAUGGUUCAUCAGAGUCGCCACCGCUAGCAAGUACAAAUGAGGCCGAUAACAACGACGAUGAUUCAGGUAGUGAUCAUGAAUGGGAUUCAGAAGCAUCGAGUGGUGAGACUGAGACUUGUUCAGAUAACUCGGUUCCCGACACCCCACAUCGUGGUAGACCGACAAAUCGGCCUGGCAUCUUCGAAACUGCCGACAUCCAAGUUUGUCGUUCUGGCAACGAAAAAAAGCGUGAAAACUUUUCGUUCUGCUCAGUCGAUUGCUACGAAUUGGCCAAAGCCACAUACCACGACAGUAUCUGCGGAUCGUAUCUCGAGGAUUAUCUACGACAGAGUAUCAUCACCGCUUCGGAAGACCCAAGGCUUCCAAGCGUCGACGCCCAGAGGCUUCAUCUUCUACUCCUCGUUCGCGUGCUUGGAUGGGCGUAUGCCACGUCAACCGAUCCUAUAGAUCUACCUGUCGUCCAUCUACUCAUGGCAUCACCGCGCUUUGGACCUCUGAAGGACGGCGCAUCAAUCCCGUGGUCUUAUCACAACAACGUCGUACGUCCUUUCCAGAUAUUCCAAGCCAUGGACGGCCGUGGUGAUGCGCCUAAAUCAGUCGUCAACCCAGAUUAUUCGGACGGUCGCGUCAUCAAUACAAUCAUCGCCCUCAUACAGCGCCAUGUGACUACUGCGGACAAGAUACUCUGGUUCAAAACCUAUGAUGAGGAAGGUUAUCACGAGCAAACCUUUCCUUACGCCGACAAGCCCGGCCUCGAAGACGGUGAUGAGAAUGUGGUUUUUGGCCGUUUACACCCUCUUUGCGACCUGGUUCCUUUGGCUGCAAUGCCUGAGGAAGCCAAUGUCGAAUUGGUCGAUAUUGGAGAUGGUCGUAUCAUCUGCCUACCCCUGUUUGCUACCAACGACGAGCCAUGCCUCAAAAAGGGCACGAAGUUGCUUCUCCGCGACGCGACACCUCGCCUCGCGACACUGACUGAGCGCACGAAUUACGGCAGAAAAGAGGACUAUGGUGAGGGAGGCACCAUGAUGGAUGUCGAUCAUGAGGAAGACAUACUCGAAGAAGAGCCAGAGGAGGAGUAUAGCGGUUACGUCGAAGAAGAGAGCUAUGGCGCAAACGAGGAAAUGGACGCGUUUGCUGACGAGGACGACGAGUAAAUGAUGGAUUUUUAAAGAAGCGUGGUUAGGAUCGUAUAAUUCAACGUUCGCUUCGCUCUCCCACUGCCAGGUUCAUGUCGUGAAUUUGCCUGAUUGAACGCAAGGAGUGAUUUCUGAAACCAGACUAUGUCCGCUGAGAGACGAAGAAACAUUGA